AUGUGGAUCAGACGGCCGAUUUUGCAUGAUCCUAACCUUUCGGCCGUGCUGUCUCCUUCGGUGAUCCGGAGGGUCGAGCGUCAUGGGAACGCAGAGACGCGACCACAUCAGGUCUCACAACUCCUGCUUUCACCAAUCUACAGUAUGGAAGAUACUUCUUCGAGAUCUCGUUUACAGGAGACGGGGACUACUCAUCGGAAGUUCACGUACCGGCUUCACUCUGCACCCACUUCUACAUUGACAUCCCCUCUCACCGUGUCUCCCAUGCUCCCAAUGCGGACCAGUGAGACUUCCGUGCAGGUGACUCCUGAGUGGGUUUAUGAUCUCUUCCCCUUACCAAGUCCCCCUUCGGCAACACAACAAGUGCCAAGUGUCAUGCGAGUAAACGAAGACGACCUAUCCCCUACUGCAGGAUUGCCAAUCAGUCACACUGUUGCUGGAAGCUUGGAUUGUGUUCAUGGUUUCAUGACCUGCAGACAUUGCCACCCCAUUCCGGAUGGUUGGUCAACCGAUACGACGCCGACGAUCCGCCCACCACUACAAUCCCCUGGUGAUCGAUCCACUGUUUUCAUCUAUCAUUGGGGUUUACAGGAGCUUUCUGGUACUAGUGGUCGUAUGAAACAAAGUUCUCCGCAAAGCCCUUGUAGCGAAUACUCUGAGAGUACAUUUUGGAUCCCAUUCAAGCAGCUCACCGAAUGUUGA